CGAUGUUAAAGUCAAUUAAAGCUGACAUUCUUUGAAGAUCUUGGCUGACAAUCUUCAGUGACUGAUUGUUGUCGACUUAAUUAGUCGCUGGCACUUUUAAGCCCAGUCUGUAAUAACUAACUAGUCGAGCUAGAUAUAACUCUAUGAUUGGGUUUUGAUCCUGAUUAGCAUAAAAGUUGGGCACCGUUGGCAAGUUCAUUUCACAAUUCACAGUUUUUUACCUACUGAAACAAAAAACUGCUUCUUUUUUUGGAUCGGAAUUAUCAUCUCUGUCUGAUUUAUGAAUUUGGAAGCAAAGCUAAUAAACACGCAAAAUUUAUAGCAAAUUGUCAAUUUAGUCAUAUUUGGCAACCCCAACUCAGAAACCAUCGAAAUCUGCUUCAGAAGUUGUCUAAAGUCAAAGAACUGAAAUAGAGUUUACAGUUCUCGAAAUCUCUCACUAGCUUCAAAAAAGCAACAAAAAAGAGCAAUUUGCAUCAAAAUUCAGCCAAUUUUGCAGAGAGCCUAAAAGCCAUGAAGCCGACGACACUCUCUUCAUCAGUGAUGUCCUCUCCUGUGAACUUCUGUUCAGCCAUGUGGCUAUUCGUAGCAGUGAUGAUCCUCCUCGCUGCAACCGUCUCAUCUUCCAGAUUUGACCCCGAGGACAACAAGCGCAUGUACAGAGGGAUUGGGAAGAGAGAGUCAUCAUAUGGGGGCGUAGAAUGGGUAUAUCCAACUUACGAAGAAGAAUUUGAACCGAGCCAGAAGAGACUGAAGAUGCCGCUGGUCUACAAGCGACUCAAGAUAUUCGGCCAGCAGACUCAGCCCAGACCUUACUGAAGCUGCAUAAAAAGCAAAUCGACUCAAUUUCUAAUUCAAUCAAGCAACACAACACAACACGACUCUAGCCGAGAAACGACAUCACUAUAGUCACCCAUAUCAGAGAACUUACAAAUACUAACAACAAAGUUAACUAACCACGUGUCAUUACUUAUGAGAUAACAAAACAUAAAUGACGACGCAAUUGGAUGCCGAUUUGAUAGUUAUAAUCAGCGCAGUUUGUGAUAAUCAUUUGGCUGCAGUUGAUAAAUAAAAAUUGUUAUCAUCA